AUGAUUUCGAGGGUGUCCAGCGCGUAUAUAAACAUCCCGUCUGAACCACUUCUCUACGCCAUCAUCCGCAUUCCCUUCAGAAAUCUCCAACUUCUCCUUCUCCCGCUUCAACUCGUCUCUACCACAGCUGUCGCCAAGCCUGCCGAAGAGUGGGUUUCGUUUGAAAUCAUCAACAGCACCCCUGAUACCACUAUUACCGUGAAGAAUGCCAUAGUCACGACGGGACAAUUCUACAGCAGCGGCAACCAGAGUGAAGAAGUCUCUGCCGACGACAUUAGCUCAAUGACCAUCUCGGCUAAUUCCACGGGCCAUGUAAAUGCUUGUGGUCUGGAUGGUCAGAUGGAUGGCACCGAAGGCCAGUUCGACCUGUACGCAGGCAACACCAAACUCCGUACUGUUUCUUGGAAUAACGGUCCUGGGGGCAAGCAUAACAACGUCGAGGCCAGCCACGAGACGCAACAAGAGUUUUUCUGUGAUGUCAUGGAACCUGACGGGCAAUGGAGUGCUCUCGGAAACGUCCAGAUCGAAAUUGAGAAGCGCGGGAGAAAGUAG